AUGUUGGCGACAAUUCCGACGGACAUCCUCUUCGAAAUUGUAGCUCAUCUCGAGCUCUCUGAUGCUGUUUCCCUGACUCUGACCUGUACCGGUCUCCGCCAAUUGGCCUCUGAGCGCAACUUCUGGAUUCUCAUUCUCAACUCGGCGCGAAUAAGCACCCCAAUCGGCUGUCCUGCGCUAUUAGAUCUCUCGAUAUACCCUCUCUCAAAACUAAAGCACCUCGCUCUAUCCCAACUCACGCUCGAGCAAACUUGGUCCGCGCAACACCCCCAACUACGACCAAUUCGACCCUUCCAAGCGGCCAACCUUCCUGAGCCUGCGAUCAUCAUACAUAGCGUGCAGGGCACGGAUGUCUUGAUCCUACACGUGCCAAACACCGGGGAGAUUUACUGUUGGGACAAGCGUGAAGCGCGCCUUUUCCCUGGUGUCACCCACCGGAUUCCGACGAGUGGGAGCAUUACUUCGGUCUCGGUGCCAAAUGACUCUGACGGUCUGUCGCGUGAGUCGGUCGCGGUAAUUGUCAGAAGUUGGGGGUUUCUGGUUACUUACUGGCAAUACAUCAUCACCGUACGACACAAAAACGGCAAAGCAACUGCGCUGGAAUACGAGGCAUCCGAAAUUACUAGGUCUCCGGAUUUCAGUGGACUCGGGUGUCUUUUUUUCGACCCCCAUGUCACUGGAUGUCUGACCAUUGACUCGGCUUUGAACGUCUGGCUAUCGACUGCAGCACGCGAUCAUAGCCCUAACAAUAAUGCUGUCACCUAUGAAAGGGUUGCGCAGUUGUACAACAACUCCGGCCAGAUUGCAUCCUGCUGCUUCACCUACCGCGGGCAUAUCUACAAUACCCUAGAGGUACCCGGCGGACAGUCGUUCAGAAUCUUUCACCUCUCGCGACAAUUGGUUCAGUCGAAGCACCAAAUACCAUCUACACACGACGUUUACCAGUACACCGUGGCUAUCGAGGGCGGGAACACACAGAUGGAAAACGCUGAAAGCAUAUGCUUUAACCUCCCCACCUCGCCGCAAUACGGCAUCUGUGCCGUGUUUGUCCGCUCCGACGAUCUCACUGUUUGGUUUACCUUUGUGCCUUGCGCGCCUGCGACCACCGAAAGCGCGGUUACCUCUCCACUUGACUUUCCUUUCAACGCGCUGGUCGCCAAGAUUUCAGGGGUGUUGGUGAACAGAGUGCUUGUUUGGCUGGACCACAGUGGACACAACCUUGCGGCGGUCAUCCGGCGACCUGAUGGGCCGAGGCUGACAUUGGUGCGCUACCACCCAGGCAAUGAACGACGACCUGCGACCACCUCAGAGCAUUGGCUCCAGACUCCCGCGGGCAUCGAUCUUCUAGCAACCAAGUCGUGCUGCAUUGACGAUACAUCCGGGACCGUCCAUCUCGUGGACCAGGACGCAGUCUUCCACACUUUAAACUACGUCUAG